AGGAGGGCCUCUUUCCUCACCAAUAGCUGAGGCGUUCGAAGUCGUUCCGGGGCCGUCACCCACACACGUCUGGUUCCGGGGGUAGCUUUCGGAGUUGCCUGGGAGUUGUGCAGGCAGUGGUGGCGAGACGCUACCUGCGGAGGUCUCGGUUGGACAUCAGGGAGCUGCAACAUCCAGUUUGUCUUUGUAGGGGACAACAUGCCAACUGCCAAGCAGCUAGCUGACCUUGGCUACAAGACCUUUUCUACCUCCAUGAUGCUCCUCACUGUGUAUGGGGGCUACCUCUGCAGUGUCCGAGCCUACCGCUAUUUCCAACUGCGCAACGCCCGGCGCCAGGCUGCGGAAGAACAGAAGACCUCAGGAGUUCUUUAGAGCUGGGGUGCUUUUUCUUGUGAGCACAGAGGCCUGAGGCUUGCUGUGGAAAGACCUCUCCUACAAUCAUUUUCAGGUUAAGAGGACUAGGGCCCUGGUGUUUUUCAGUUUCUGCUGGAAGAAAGUACGGUUACUCUGGUACUGCCAGUUUGACAGUUGUGGUGGUGGCUAUUGAAUCAUAAUAGGAAUGUGAGGGUGAAAUAUAUCCACAGAAUUAAAUAUUUUGCCAUAUCUGUGUCUUGGUGUUUUUGUUUACCCAAAUAAAUGUAUGAACCACA